UGCUGCCAGAGCCUCCCGACACUCCUCUGCCUCUGCUGCCUCUGCCGCCGCUGCUUCCCAGAUCCUGUUUUCUAUGCUCUGCUUCCUCUCCACUGUGCACUUUUAAGAGACGCUUGAUAUUCCACUGGCUUCUGUUUGCUUGCAACUUUAUUUACUUGCUCUGCGAUAUUGGUUAUUAUCUGUUUUCUAACCGUAGCAAGACCAGUUUAGACAAUAGAGUUUAUUAUGAGUUAUGACUUCCGAUGAUUCUCACACAACCACUCACACAAUUGAUCCAGCUGCCUUCCACCAUCUCUUCAACACACUCAACACUUCUGCUCCAACCAACACCUCCUCUGAUCCUCCAAAUGAUACUACGACUCACAUCUCCAAUAUCUUCAACCUCAGCAACCUCAAUUACAGCUGCAUAACGAUAACUGACCACUUGCCUCCCGACCUCAUCAGAUCUCUAUGGUUGAUCCAAAAUCUAAAUUUGUCCUUUGAAAAAAGACAGUCUUUGUUGAACGAUAAGCUCAUCGAGUUCAAGUCUCUCAUUGAAUUCGAAUCAAAUUUGAAUUUGUCCAUCUUUAACCGAAACAGAAACAAACUCACCACCUCCUCUUCCUCCUCCUCCGGCAACAACACUAAUAAUAAUAUCCACAUUUUUCAUAAAAAGACAAAACUAAUAUGGGAAAUUAAAUCUUUAAUAAAUAAUCUAAAACUCAUAAACUACGAAUCGCAAAAGGAAUCAAUUAAAUUUAAAUCUCUACUAACCUUUUCUUCAAACUACUUAAAUAACUCAAUCUAUACUUUAAUCAAUCAUUAUUACUCAAUCUUAAAACUAUCUAUAUCUAAAAAUUUAUCUAAUAAAAACUUGUCAUCUAAAAAUAAAAAUCAACUUAAAAACACAAAAACCAAUAAAAUCAUUAAAAUCAUCAACAACUUUAGUAUCACUAACAAAAACAAUUUUAAAAAUAAUUACACAAACGACUUAUUAUUCAAUGAUUAUAUAAUUAAUUCCAACACAAAUGGCAAUGAUACCAUUAAUGACGACAACAACAAUAAAGAAAAAACUCUCAAUUUCAAUUCUCACGAUACGUUUUUCAAAGAUUUACUCAAAUCUUCAAAUCAAAACUUAUUCUCCUUUAUUAAUGACUUUAAGAAUUUCAACAUUCAUCUGAACAACAAUUUACUCAAAAAAAAUGAAAUCCUAAAAAAAACCUCUAAAUCUCAAAAAUUGCCAAAACUAAAAAUUAAAAUUCCUCCUCUGUCCUCCAUUAACGACUCUCUUAUAAAUACUCCCACAUCCAUUCCAAACUCCCCUUCUAUAAAUAUCACCAACCAAUCUCAAGAAUCCCCUAAAUUGCCCACUAUAACAUCUCUUAUAUCAAAUGAUAAACAGCGACCAAGAUUAACAUUCAAAUUACCAAUUCCCAAAUCUCUUUCCUCCCCUCUAAAUUUCCCAUCAAACAAUAUCAUUAAUAACAAUAAUGAUGACAAUAUCGAAAAUGAUCUCAUUUUUCAGAAUCAAAACCAAACUUCACUUUUAAACGAUAACUCCUCAUCUCAAAGAUCUCGAAGACCUCAAAGAAGUCUGAAAAAACAAUAUAACAAACAAUUUAUAGUACCGAGAAUAGCUUCAAGAUUAAGAAGUAAUACGCUUCUCGAUGACUCUAAUAUACAAGGUUUAACUAGAUUAAGAAAAGAAAGAACAAAAAAACAAUCAAAUAAUCAUGACCAUGAUUAUGAUCAUAAUCAUAAUCAUAAUCACAAUCUCAAUCACAAUCACAACUAUAUUCACUUUUCAUUUUCUGAAUCCCCACUUCUAAACGAAUUCCCCGAUAAAAUUAUAAAUCAAGAUCAACCUGUUAAUAAAGAAAAAAAUGACAUUUAUAAUUCAAAUGAAAAGGAAAAAAGCCCUCUUCCAACUCAAGAAAUUGACCAGAAAACAUUCAAUAUAAUUGAAAAUGAAAAUGAAAAGCAAACUAAUGGAUAUUUAAAUACAAAUCAAAUAAACAAUCAAACAAAUAAUCAAACAAAUAAUCAAAUGAAUGAACACCCAAUUCAAAAUAACAUCUCUCAGGAAAAUAUACAAAAUGAAACAAUUCCAAAAAAUUUGAAUGCUAAUCAAAAAGAAAAACCAAAAAGAAGAAAACAACACAGAAAUAGUUUUCUUAACACUAAUAACAUAAUACCUUUAAAUGACUUCAAUAACAGAAGAGCUUUUAGGUCUUCUUCGGUAUUUACUCCAGUUGAUAAUAGAAAUAUUAGAAAUGGAGUUAAAAAAAAUGAAAAUUUCCUCAAGUUUGACAAAAGAAAAAAAUAUACUGAACAUGAAUUAGUAAACGAAAAACAAAUGGGAAUGGGAAUAGAAAUGGAAAUAGAAAUAGAUACUUUGGGAAGUAAAAAAGUUAAAAAAGAAAAAUUAGAAAAUAGUUUUAACCAGAAAGACGAAUUUAUUAGAAGACGAUCCCAAAGAGUCUUUCUUUUGGAUAAAAUCAAAGAAGACCAGUUAAAAGAGAAGGAAAUCAACACUAAAAAUACAAAUUCUAAUAAAGAAAAACAAGAAAAAAAAGAAAAUACCACCUUUAAAAAUUCAAAAAAUUCAAAAAAAACAAAAAAAAGCACAAAAGAACACAAAAAUAUAGACGUAAAAGAAGAGAGAUAUUGCUAUUGCAACGAUAUUUCUUAUGGUCCAAUGAUUGGAUGUGACAAUGAUUCAUGCAAAUAUGGAUGGUUUCAUUAUCCAUGUAUUAAUAUGCUUCGAGCACCAUCAGCUUUAAAAAAAUGGUAUUGUCCUACUUGCAAAGAGGAAAUGGAUAAAAAGGAAGAACAGAAAAAAAACAAAAAACAAAUAAUAAAUAAUAGUAAGAUUGGAAAAAACUGGAAAAAGAAACCGGGGAACUUUCAGAGAGUGGUUAGAAACAUAAAAAAACCACACACCGGCUGGGUGCAUAAAAAGGUAACAAAAGUAUUCAAUUACACAUUAAAUGGGUUUAGAGUUGCUAAAGAAGACAAAUCUAUUUCGAACAAUGUGGUAGGAAAAAAGAAACCAGGCCCCAGAAAACGUAGAUCUUUGAGAGGAUAUGGAAGACUCUUAAAAGAAUUGGAGCCUUACAACGUAGCCGGUGCUAAAGAUGUGACACCAAUUGAAGUUCAAAACGAAGUUGCAGAGAAACUUCACGAGGCUGAAGAGCUAUUACAGCAGGAUGUUGUUAAUGAGGUCCUAGGCGAGUCUGCAGAUAGCGAAAUGUCUAUUAUGAAACCCAGGAAAGCCAGAAAGAAAAGGAUUUUAAAAGAACUCGAAGCUUUUAAUGCUGAUGGAGAACAGGAAGCCAAUGCAUUUGGACUAUCUCCUACAUUUCCUAUCAGAGAGCUCAGAAACCACAAAUCAAAAGAGAUGCUGGAGUUUCCUGACGAAACCAGUUUAAUCAACACUUCAAUUGGCGAUGGAAAUUAUUCAUUGAAACCAGUAAAUGAAAAACAUGGCAAACACAAUAAGGAGGAAAUUCCAUUGAACAUGGGAAAAAGAAAAAGAGAAGAUGAGAAUAGUUUAUUUACAAGCAAGCGACGUCAAUUGCGUUCUUCGUUUGUUCCAAGAUCUUAGAUAUGGAAACAUAAUUAGUUUUUUUUUAUUUUUUAGGGAUUUGAUUCAAUUUUUGUUAGCUUGUUUAAUUUUUGUACAAUAGGAA